UGUUGGUCGUACUCUGUAAACGUGUGAUGGGUAGUUGCGGUCGUAUCGAAAACGCCAAAUAAUUAUAUAUAAGGGAAAUCCAUGAAUGGACAUUUAGAUUUUAUAAACCCUUACCUAUUUCCCCGAUAGUUUCCUGUUUAUCACGCUGGUGGUGAUGCGUAUUAACGUAAACGGUCGACGUGACAUUGACAGGUCGCUUUUAGCUACUUUAAAACUGUAACCGGUGUCUGUUUAUUGAACGUUAUAAUGUUGGCAGCGUUAUCUAGAGUUAAAAUCCCUCGCCGGCCAUCCUCGGAAUUACUUUUAAGAUGUAUUUUCGAACAAAAGGUCGAAAGAGGUGAGCUGAGCCCACUCACACUCAGUACUGCGCCCUGCAGUAGGAACGUCGGCGGUGUCAGAGAUGUCAGCACCUCGAGUACACUGUGCACCAAAGUCCGCGGAAACCCCAAGAAAAGGGAGAUGUCUGAAAAGAAACUGACCCGUCACUUUGUGGACCACCGCCGUGUGAAGCUGGUGGCUGGGUCAGGGGGUAAAGGGGCCAGCAGCUUUCACAGUGAGCCUCGGAAAGAGUGGGGUGGACCGGAUGGAGGGAAUGGAGGUGAUGGAGGAAGCAUCAUUAUCAAGGCUGACCGCUUUGUCAAAUCAUUAGCACAAGUAGUUCCACUUUACAAGGGGGAGGAUGGGGAAUCAGGGGGAAGCAAGAACUGUUAUGGUCGGAACGGCAGCCCAACCUACAUUCGUGUACCAUUAGGAACUGUAGUCAAGGAGCAGGGCAUAACCAUACUGGACAUGACUGAGCAUGGUCAGGAGUAUCUUGCUGCAUUUGGAGGGGCUGGAGGGAAAGGGAACCGAUUCUUUCUGUCAAAUGAAAACCGUUCUCCAAUGACAGCUACUCCUGGAAUAACAGGCCAGGAGCGGGUCCUUCAACUGGAGCUACGUACCAUGGCACAUGCUGGACUUGUUGGCUUUCCAAAUGCUGGGAAAUCAUCUCUUUUGAGAGCCAUCACCAAUGCUAGACCUGCUGUGGCUGCUUACCCUUUUACAACUCUCAAUCCUCAUGUGGGCAUAGUCAAGUACAGGGAUCAUGAGCAAGUUGCAGUUGCUGACAUCCCAGGCAUCAUUCGAGGAGCCCAUCUAAAUCGAGGCUUAGGAAUCUCCUUCUUGCGCCAUAUAGAGCGCUGUCGUUUCCUCCUUUUUGUUCUGGACUUGUCGGCUCCAGAGCCCUGGACCCAGCUCCAACAUUUGCGUUAUGAACUGGACCAGUAUGAGCCUGGACUGUCCCAGCGGCCUCAGGCUAUCAUAGCCAACAAAAUGGACCUAUCUGAGGCCCGGGAAAAGCUGGAAACUCUUAAAAGCCACGUUUCCCAGAGGGUCAUCCCUGUUUCAGCUCUCACAGGACAAAACACAGAGGAGCUCAUUCUCUACCUGAGAGAGUUGUAUGAUGGCUACCUCCAAGGGGGAGGUAAUGGGUGAAGGGAAAAUCAGUGGUAGGAAAAACUGGCCACUUGCGUAAUAGAAAAUGUGUAUGAUAAAUAUUUAUAU